ACUAUUAUAAUACUAGUUAGGCACUAUGAAUUAUUUAAAAUGUGCAAAACUGAAAACAUUAUUAAGAUGUAUGAAAGGUUCACAAAUAUAGUAAUAGGCUAAAUGACUUGGAAAAUUUUAUACUAAUGCAUAAUUAAUUACCAAGAUUUUAAACUCUCUACCGAGGUCAUAGAGACUAAAGGUAAUGACCAUGGAGGCAAAAGAUUUUGCAAAGUUUGAUUUAAGUGAGUUGAUAGGAUCACUAACUAGCUCUCAAAUCUCAUUUGAUGUAAGAUGAAGAAGAAAUUGAAGAGCGAAUAGCAUUUUUCUCAAAGAAACUAGGUUAUUUGCAAUUCAAAAUAAAUUAUAAUACUAAUUCCGAAAGGUUCGGUACUUGAUAGAAAGUUUGAUAUGAAGUUAGAUAAUGCUUAUAGAAGCACGAGUAAACAUAAAGCAGACAAAAAUGCCAUAAACACAAAAAGGUACUAUUAUUUGUUUUAGGUUUGGAAAACAAUGCCAUCUUGAUGAUUGCCCUAACAGAAGGUAUGAUAAUGAACAAGCUAUGGUGGUCACAUGGAGUUGCAGUAAAGAAGGAUAAGAUGAGUCAUGAUCUGAAGCUAGGCGAGAACACGGUCACUAAGACCAUGAACUGGAGCUGUUGCCCGUGAACCCAUGCAAACGAAGCAGUGCGUUUCGAUGCCCACCUUGAGUUCACAGACGCGUUUCGAUGUUCACGACCGUGAACUGCUUAACGCGUCCUUGAACUAAGACCGUGAACUUCUCAACGCGUCCUUGAACUAAGACCGUGAGCUGAUCAACGUGUCCUUGAACUCAGCCCUAAGACCUUGAACUGAGCCUGAUUUGUGUAUAAAAGGAGAGGGGAGUUCAAGGAGAAAAGGCAGCUUCAUUUUAGGUUAGGUUUUCAUUUUUUUCAGAAUAAAGAGGAUUCUAGUGAGAUUGGAGAUCCCAUUGAGUGAGAAAGCCUUCUUCAGAUUUUAGAGAGAGAAAGACGAACCAAAGGAGAAGGAGGCUAGGGUUUUGCUCCAAGAGUGGAUUUGGGAAGAUUCUCCCCAAGAGAAGUUCAGUAAAAGUGCCAAGAAGAUUAGAAGCCUCCUUCAUGAUGGUUUCUACCUCUUCCCCUUGUAUUUCUCCCAUUCCUAGCAUGGAUUAGAUUCCUUUUUCACUUGGGUGUUGUGAAACCCUAACUAGCUACCAUGUAGUUUUCUGUUAGGUGAAUUGAAUGAUUGUUUUUAGAUGUUGUUUAAUUCAAUGAUUGAGGUAUUAUUCAUGUUGAUUGUGCUUGUUUGUGCUUAGAAAUCUAAGGAUUGUGCAUAGGUGUGCUUAGCAAUCUAAGGAUUGUGCAUGUUUGUGCUUAGCAAUCUAAGGGUUGUGCAUGUUUGUGUUUAGCAAUCUAAUUAGCCACUUAACCUAGAUUAGAGAGGAAAACCCCCCUUCCAAGGGAUACUCAAUUGAGUUGGUAUUCCUGGGGAUGUUUAAGUCUCCUAACUAUGCUAAUUUAGGGCAAACCUCAAUGUUGGAUUAAGCAAUUUGGUUAAGCGCAAUUCAGCGGUCCAACUCAUGGGUUGACUGAGGGAGUAAGUCAACCAUUGAUUGCCUAAACCGAGAGGGCCGAGUGACAACAUAAUUUGUAUUCCUCGGUUUAGCAAUCAUGAGUGUGCUCUACGACCAUAUUUCCAUCCCCUAGCGGUUCGCGAUCACCUUGCCCAUUGCAAUCAUUUCGGUUCACAUACCAUGGUAGUAGUUAGGGGGAAGCAACAUCCGAGUGAUCCUUCUCACAAAAUAGCUUUCAAAACCAUUCACUUUUGUCUUGCUUUAUUUUAAUUAGCAAACUUUUCAACCAAAACCUUGUUGCUAGAUAAUGAUUCGAAUGAUUGAAGUAGGGUAGACGGACCGGCCCGGGUCGAUAUUUAAACAUACUUAUCCUAUACUUAACCCGACUAAGGUUUAUACUUGGACCUUAGGCGGGAAUUUAUUGUGGUAUUCGGGACGAGUCAAGUUUUUGGCGCUAUUGCCGGGGAACCGCGGUCCGUUAUCUUGAAAUGGUCGUUUAGUGUUACUCUAGCAUUUUUUUACCUUUUCUUGUGUUUUAUUUUUGUGUUUCAUCUUUUUGUGAUGCAGAGUUGAGCCAUGGAUCCCGAUAGCUUCUCCUACCCGUGGGUGGUGAGGAAAAGGAAGAUGAAUAUGAAAGCCUCGAGGAUGAGUUAGAACGGUCGGAAGUUGUCACGGAUGGCCACCGUGAUGCUCAAGACUUGGAAUGUCCUCUUGAGGUAGCCACCACUCUUCUACAUUUCAUCCCAAGCGUUAAAGAGGAAGUCUUCAAUAAGGAGAUGAGUGUCGAGUCAAUCGAAGACAUAGCUUGGAGACUCGCUAUUCAACGCUUGCUUGUGGAAGAGCGAGGAUAGAUGAGGAAAGAAAAGGUUGUGGAGGAGGAGGUAGAAACAAAAGAAGAUGAAUUUCUUGAGGAUUCCCAAGAGGAGGAAUUUCAAGAAGGGAAGGAGUUGGAUGAAGUGAUUGGCUUUCGUGCUAAGAAGGAAGACUCGGUGGAAGAGGAUUGCAUUGGCCAUGUGAUUAUCGAGAAAUCUAUACUAAACUUUGAAGAGUUACUUAGCAAGGAUCCUUUUGCGAUCACUCUUUGCCCGAACGAAGCCAAACCAUCGGCGAUCCCUCUUGGUUGAUGCAAUGGAAGUCAAUCGGUGUUCCACUACAUGGUUUGGGGCAAAGAGAAGGAGAGGUCGCAAGGGUGGGGGCUUUAUCUCACUCAAGAUCGUGAGUCAUCAUCAAAUGUUAAUCCAUUUGCUCAUGACUUGAGGCUCCGCCUAAAUGAUGAGAACCUUAACUUUAAGGAGGUGCUAGCAUGGACCGAAGCUUAAGGAACAAUCGUCUAGCUUAUGACGUAAAAGUAGCACUUGUUGGGAGGCAACCCAACGUAGGUUUGUGUUUAUUUUUAUGCUAAGUAAUAUUAUGUUGAAAUAACCUUGCCUUGUGCGAGAAUGUGUUUGUGUUUUUGUGUUUGUUCCCAUGUGAAGCUCUCUUCUUUUCAUCUCCGACCCAAUUAUGUUCCAACUUUCACUCACCAAGCCCAAGCGGUACCCCUUUCUUAUGCUAUUGAGGGCAAUGUCGAGCUUAAGUGUGUGUUUGUGUGUGUAUGGGGGGGUAGUUUACUAUUAUGCUUGUGUGAGUGUGAUUGAUGUUUGGUAGGUAGAGAGAAAACCCCCUUCCUUUCUUUGAAAGAGCCUUGAAUGCUGGGUUUUCUUGGGCAAUUCAUUGUCUCCUAGUUAGGUUAAUGCAGGGCAAACCUCCUAUUUUGUAUUAGCACCUAGGGCUUGGUUGUGGGUGGCCGUCCGAACUCCGAUUCGAGGGUGAAGUCUAACCAAUCCUUAGUCAAUAGGUUGAGAGAGUAGCAUUAGUGGCUUUGAUCGUAUCCCCUUACCUCGACCUAGAGACUAAGAGGGUAGCCUUUGGCUACUUGUUAGUCUUCCCUGCGGUUCACAACCCCCUCACCACACACGGCCAUUAGAUCCAUCAAGUUGUAAUUGUUAGCUAGGGGGAGCAACACCCGGGUGAACUCUUCUCUCAUUGGGACAACCUCGAUUUACUUUACUUUCUAGUUUUGAUUUGUAGGUUUCUUAGUUUUAAACUCAAAAAACAUUUGCUAGAUAACAAACUAAGCAAUUGAAGUAGGGGUACAUGGACCGGCCCGGGUUUGACAAUUAAAACAUACUUGCCUUAUGUUGCACCAAGCUAGAUCUUAAAAACUUGGGCUCUAGUAGAGAUUAAUUUCGCUGUGUAACCGUGGUGAGUCACCAGGAUGAGGGGGACAUCGACGUUGCCAUCAAUGUCUAGAAUGACAAAAUCGACCAGGUAAAUGAGAGGCCCUACCUUAAUAAGUAAGUCCGCAACAA